AUGUCCGACGAUGAAAUGAAUAUUGACGAAGGUACUUUCGCUAACGGCGGUGCUGUGAGGCGGAGAGGCAGGGGGUUCCAAAACACGGCAGGGGGAAACGAUGGCACAGUCACCGCAGAGCCCACUUACGACAGGGUUGAAUCUUCUCAUGUCAAGGACGACACAAGAGCCGCACGAUCCGUUGAAGGUUGGAUUGUCUUGGUCACCAAUGUACACGAAGAGGCAACAGAGGAAGAUGUCACGGACAAGUUUGCAGAGUUUGGAGAGAUAAAAAACCUCCAUUUGAACUUGGACCGGCGCACGGGUUAUGUCAAGGGCUAUGCACUCGUGGAAUACGAGACCAUGGCUGAGGCUCAGGCUGCUAUUGAUGGCGCGUCGGGAACGCCACUACUAGAACAGGUGGUCCAAUGCGACUACGCGUUCGUUCGGCCCCCUCCAUCGGGCCCGAAAAAAGGCAGAGGAGGUCGGGAAGGACGCGGUCGGAGUGCUAGUCCAUCACGCAGACAGAGAGACUGAGGUUACUCUUCGUUUUCCCCUUGGGUCUGCGAUGUCUGAUUGUAUUCAGCUUUGUUUACUGUAAUUUGAUCAAUCCCGUUCCUCCGCAAUUACAUCUAUUCACCGAUGCCGCGACGUGACACGACGCGCUUAUAAAACGUCUCGGCGGGAUUUGGUUGGACCUGCAUAUCGUUAUAGAUAAAUAAUAUGUGGUGGGCGUGUACCGCAGUCGAACAGUGUGUAAUUUGAAGCUGUUGUCACUUGAGGUACAUUUCGACGCAUGCGUGAGCAUUGAUACACGGUGGUUUUGGCUGUUUUUACUUCCCUGCCCGGUUACACUAAAAUUUUGACUGCAGUCAAC